AUGUCAUAUGCUGAAUUUGUUUCAAAGGCAUGUGAACAGUUGGAUAUUAAUUCAAAUGGAUAUACAUUUCAUUACACCCUUGAGUUUGAUCCAUCUGCACUUCAACAAUUGGAUGAUGAUGAGGACAUGCAUAUGAUGUUAUCCCAUAGUUAUGAUUAUGCUCGUAUUUAUGUAUUAAAACGGACUCGAAGAGUAGAAAUUGAAGGAGAUGUUGAGUGUUCAAGCCAACCUUCAAUGCGGGGAAGGAGAGGUGCUCGUAUCAUAGAGCAAGUAAUAAGGGCAACCCCUGAGUAUUUGCCCCGUCAAUUUUGCAAAGACUUCAGGAGUCGGUAUGGUGUUUCAUUGAGUUAUAAGCAAGCUUGGACAUACAAAGAAAUGGCAAAAGAGAGAAUAUAUGGUCUUCCAGAAAACUCAUAUAUGUUGUUGCCAUGGUUAUGUCAGAGAUUGGUAGACAUUAAUCCAGGGACGAUUGCUGAAUAUAGUAGACAAGAUGGGCAUUUUUGGCAAUUGUUCAUUGCACAUUCUUUUUCAAUUCAAGGGUUUUUAAUGGGUUGUCGACCUGUUAUUGCAAUUGACUCAACUCAUUUGAGUGGACCGUAUAGGGGCUCUUUAUCUUCUGUAACAACUUAUGAUGCUAAUGAUGGCAUGUUCCCAAUUGCAUUUGGUGUGGUAAGUUCAGAAAACUAUGAGGAUUGGCUAUGGUUUUUGCAGAAAUUGAAGGGCAUACUUCAAGAUAAAGAGGUAGUCAUAAUAUCAGAUAGGCAUCAAGCAAUCCUUCGUAGUGUUUCUCAACUUUUUGGAGUAGAAAAUCAUGCAUAUUGUUAUCGUCAUGUGAAAGAGAAUUUUAGUAGCUAUGUGACGAAACAUAGUAUGAAGGGGAAAAAAUGUAAAACGGAUGCAUUGUUGCUACUUGAUAAUGUUGCGUAUGCUAGGUUGGAUGAUGAUUAUGUUGUAGCCAUGGAAAAAUUAAAGACAUAUAACAGUGACCUAGCGAAGUGGGUUGAAGAGAACAGUCCAUAA